AUGAAGCCCGUACGUUUGCUGAUCCUGGCUGCGCUCAAUGCAGUCCUUCAGCUUGGAGACGCCGGUUUGCAACCUCCGGUAAGUAAAAGUGAAUUAUAUGACACUCUAUAUGGGAAACCCUGCGAUUGUCGAGGAGGCAUCGCCACUAACUAUGCAAUACCUAGAAUCAAAUUCAAAACAGUAGAUUGUGGUCAAAGAACUGCUUACCUCGCCUCAGAUCACAGUAAGCUUGGAGGACUGAGGACGCCGCAAUGGCAGUGUACAAAUAAACCCCCUAUCAUACCUACUAUAAAAGGGCGGCCUGGGACCUGCCCAUGCACCUCCUUUUCUAAUCAGAUGCACUCCUCUUGUUAUGAGUCCGUACAGGAGUGUACUUAUAACAACAAGACUUAUUUCACUGCAAUUCUUCAACGACAAUGGGGAGGCGCUGUGGGAGGAGAUUGGGGACCGAUUCUGCCAGGAGGUUCCCACAGUAAAUACGCCCAAGCCUCUUGCUCGGGUACCGUGGCAAAGGCCGUGUGUUGGUCCAAAGAAGCCCCAAUUCAUGUUUCUGAUGGGGGAGGGCCACAAGACAAAAUAAAGGAAGCCAAGACUCAGAAACGACUUGAGCAAAUUAUGGAACAGCUGUACCCCAAAAUUAAUUACCAUCCUUUGGCUCUGCCCAAAUCACGGGGUGUAGAUUUGGACACCCAGACAAUUGAUAUAUUAGAUGCAACUCAUAAAGCAUUAAAUAUUUCUAAUCCUAUGCUUGCUGCUGACUGCUGGUUAUGUAUGACUUUGGGCACCCCUAUGCCCGUAGCUUUACCCGUAAACAUUACCUCCUAUAAACAUAAUAAUAAUUGCAAUUAUAGUUUACCUUUUGGAGUACAACCCAUGGGGUUCUCCAGCCCCUCAUGCUUUAAGGGCCGUUUUCAGAAUAAUAGUUAUGACAUAGAUGUAGGAUUUAUUGCCUUUGCUAAUUGCAGUAAUUAUAUAGAAUAUAAUAUUUCUAUGUGUCCUGAUAGAGGAACAGUGUUCGUGUGUGGUGACAAUCUAGCCUACUCCGCCUUGCCUCAAAAUUGGACGGGAAUUUGUGUCCUAGCCACCUUACUACCAGAUAUUGAUAUCAUCUCCGGGGAUGAUCCAGUUCCUAUACCCAGCUUUGAUUAUCUGGCGGGACGCUCCAAAAGAGCCAUUUCAUUUAUUCCCCUCUUGGUAGGGUUAGGAGUCUCCGGGGCUCUCGCUACUGGAACAGUUGGAAUAGGAAUGUCGCUGCACACCUAUACAAAGCUAUCUAAUCAAUUAAUAGAUGAUGUCCAGGCACUUUCUAGUACUAUUCAAGAUUUACAAGAUCAGUUAGAUUCACUUGAGGAGGUAGUCCUCCAGAAUAGAAGAGGAUUAGAUUUGCUUACUGCAGAACAGGGAGGGAUUUGUUUAGCCCUACAGGAGAAGUGCUGUUUCUACGCGAACAAGUCAGGCAUCGUGAGAGACAAGAUAAAGCAGCUCCAGGACGACCUGGUGAAAAGAAGAAAAGAACUCUUCGACAAUCCAUUAUGGAGCGGGCUGAAUGGGGUUCUCCCUUACCUCCUCCCUCUCUUAGGCCCUCUUUUAGGCUUGCUCCUUUUACUAUCUUUUGGGCCCAUGAUAUUUAACAAAAUUAAGGCCUUCAUCAAGCAGCAAAUUGAGGCAAUCAAGGUACAGCAAAUACAGGUCCAUUAUCAUUGCCUCGAGCAGGCUGAACAAGGCAUUCCGUACUUUGAUACGAUGGCCUAA